CAGUGCAAUCAGCUGAUCUAGUCACUUUGGCCAUUCUCCUUCGCCCAGCUGGUUUGGAAAGAUGAAGGCUCUCGGUGCUCUGUGUCUCUUCGUGCUGGUCUCCUCCUGUCUUAGCGAGGAAGAAGACAAGUUCAGGGUUAAGACGAAGUAUGGCGACGUCCACGGGUUUGAGAUAGAGACGAAAGCAGACAAGCACGUCCACGCGUGGCUCGGGAUCCCGUACGCCGAGCCGCCGGUGGGCGAGCUGCGGUUCACCGAGGCCCGCCCGCCCAAGAAGUGGGACGACGUCCGCGACGCCACGCAGUACGCCGCCGACUGCCCACAGGACAAGGAGCAGCUGGAGAGGAUCAUGAAUGGGACACACGCCAUGUCCGAGGACUGUCUGUACCUCAACAUCUACGCACCAGAGGACCCCGAGAAAGGCCAUCGGCACCCGGUGGUCGUGGUGUUCCCGGGCGGCGCGUACGACUGGGGGACGGUCCGGGCGUUCGACGGCACCGGCCUGGCCGAGGAGGAGGUGGUGGUGGUCACGGUCAACUACAGAAUGGGAGUCUUCGGUAAGCACCUUCAUAUCAGCAGCGUCCUUCCACAGGCGUUACAAAUACUGCUCGUCUCAUUUGCAGGCUGA